AGUACCAAUUCGGACGUCAGAGCAAACGGUAAUCGGUCGGUAAAUAAAUAAAGUCAGUUUUCUUUACACAUUUCAAGGAGUUGAAAGUGAAAUCUUUGUCUUGCACGUGUAAAUACAAUUCGUCGUAAAUUUAAAUAAAUGCAAAUAUUAAACAUUUAAUUUCUGCUUGCAAGAGUGGCGAGUACAAUAAAAAUGUAAAAGCGAGUUAAACUAUUUGUGCAGUUAUUGGUGUUCGGCAAGUAAAGCUGGCAUUACAUAUUCGCUGCUGAAGUUUAGUUAAAUAAGCAGCCAUAUACUUACAUAUAUGUACCUCCAUGCAUACAAGUGCGUUUUCAAUGUUUUUUUUUUUAAUUAAACUAAGAAAAGUGUGAGGCAUCGAAAUAGCAAAAGAAGUUGAACGAAAAAUUCUUCUUGAAGUGUCGCACUUGUUUAGAAGUGCCAGCGCAAAGGGGCGUCAAGACAUUCGCGCCGCUGCGUUUCUUUCGCAGUCGCAGUGCGCUCGUGUGGGCGUCGUGCAUGUUGAUACGCGUGCAUGCGUGCGGCGCUUUGUGAUUUUCGCGCAUUUUCGCCUUUGCCAAACUGUUGAUUGUGAUUUGUCACGAUUCUGUAUGUACAUUCGCGCCGCGUUUGAUACACUUGGCGGUGUUUAGGAAACUUCUUGUGUCACUGCUGUUAUUAUUAAUUUAAACUCAGCUUAUUUGAGAUUUUGGUGGCUCAUGGGUAUUUCGCUUAUUUUUGCUUGAAUGAGGUGUGAUUUUUUAUAACAAUAAAUUCGCAAGUCAUUCAGUGAAUUAAGUGACAGAAGCAACGUGUUAACAAAAGGCGUGAGGAUUUGAAAUAUUUUAUGAUUGAAGUGUGGCUCUCAGUCACGGUGUACGAAAGGACUGCUUGAAUAAAUGAUAAAAUGUUGAACCACAAAUGCGCCAGCCAAUUAUGUUAAACGCUAAUUUGAAGGCAGAGCGAAGAAGCAGCCGCCACUGUUGAAGAGCGCAAAGGAAUUCUUGCCACGCAAGCGGAAAAAGGCAACGCAUACCAAUUAAAAUAUCAUUUAAUGAAAAACCAACAGAACGCCAGCGAUUCAAGUAAACAAAUGCAAUGCAUUCACAAUAAGAGCUGACCAUUCAAGUGGCGAAAAAAAGUUAAUCGAGUGAUUGCAUCGGUCAGUAAUUAGCAAUGGCGCGCAAAAACACACACGCACACACACAGGCACAUGCGCGCAUCAUUAUGUAAUAUGCAUAUAGAAUAAAUGUAUCAAACAUGAGAAAUGCGCAUAAAACCAAUUUGUUUAUGGCGAAUAAAAUAUUGAAAUGAAAAUAAAAUCAAACGCUCAAGUGCAUAUGUAAGUGUGUAUGUGUGUACAAUAACAAAACGGCAGUCACGUUGAAAUAAAUAAAAGCCAUUAAAAAAUUAUUAACAAAGUAAUUAAAAAGAGCACAGCUUGCGCGCGUAUGCCUGUAUAAUUGCGGCGGCCAUUUUGCCAUAAUUUAAUUAAAUACAAAUAAGGUGGCAACUCGAAAUUGUUUAUAAAGAGCAGCAGCUGGAGUUAAAAAGCGCCACAACGCUUUGUAUUGCUGCUUGCAACAGAAUUUUGUCAACAAUCAGUCGGUCAGGCGCAUAGACACACCAACACACACACACGCACACAUACGAGCGCGCUUGUGUGCUUGUCCAACUAUGAAACUGUAUCCGACCACAAUGUCAACGCGCCGCCUGGGAUGUGCCAGCCAAGUGACAUGCGUCGCCGCGCUGUUCUUGUGUCGCGUGCUCGUAAUUAUCGCGCUCAGCGAGCGGCUGUUGGCGGUCGGCGCGGGCAGCGGCGGCGGUAGUGGUGGCAGCGGAGGCGCCGGCGGCAGCAUCGGAAAUAAUGUUGACUCCGAAGAUCCUGAAUUUACGGAUGUCAUUGAUAAUAUUACAGUGCCAGCGGGCCGAAAUGUCAAAUUGGCGUGUUCUGUUAAGAAUUUGGGCUCAUACAAGGUGGCGUGGAUGCAUUUCGAACAAUCGGCCAUAUUGACCGUUCACAAUCACGUGAUCACGCGUAAUCCCCGCAUUAGUGUCACACAUGACAAGCAUGACAAACAUCGAACAUGGUUCCUGCAUAUCAAUAACAUACAGGAGGAGGACAAGGGCCGCUAUAUGUGCCAAAUAAACACGGUGACGGCGAAGACGCAAUACGGAUUUGUCAAAGUUGUUGUACCGCCGAACAUCGACGAUGCACUCACCUCCAGUGACGUCAUAGUGCGCGAAGGUGACAAUGUAACGCUGCGCUGCAAGGCGAAAGGUAGCCCGGAGCCAUCAAUUAGAUGGAGACGAGAUGACGGCAAUAAAAUUGUGAUCAACAAAACGAUGGAAGUGCUUGAAGUGGAUGGCGAAGCCUUGGAGCUGGAGCGCAUCUCCCGUUUGCACAUGGGCGCUUAUUUGUGCAUCGCCACCAACGGCGUGCCGCCCAGUGUCUCCAAGCGCAUCAAAGUCAGCGUUGAUUUUUCACCAAUGGUUUGGAUACCCCAUCAGCUGGUUGGCAUACCCAUGUAUUUCAAUAUCACGCUAGAAUGUUUCAUCGAAGCAAAUCCCACUUCGUUGAAUUACUGGACCCGUGAGAAUGAUCAGAUGAUUACAGAGUCCGCGAAGUACAAAACUGAAACACUGUCGGGGAACCCCUCUUACAAGGCAACCAUGCGUCUGACCAUAACGAAUGUGCAGAAGAGCGACUAUGGCAGCUACAAAUGUGUGGCGAAAAAUCCACGUGGGGAAAUGGAUGGCACCAUAAAGCUUUACAUGUCCAAUCCGCCAACGACGCUGCCACCGCCGACCACAACCACAACACGUCGCACCACAAUAGCGCCAGGCUGGGACGGCUUCAGCACGCCAAUUUAUGGCAUGAUGCCAACCAAUUCAGUGAUUGUCAUCGAUAAAAUGGGCACAAAGUACCAAUCAAACCUGAAUGAGAUUGGUAAAUCCGAACAAAAGCUAACCGGUGAGAAUCCAAAAGGCUAUGACUGGUCAAAGGAUAAAAGUGCGGCAGCAAGAAUGCAAUUGUGGCUGCCACAUGCAUGUUGCAACAGCAAUAAGCUAACGUACACACCACGAAUAUGUUGCAAUUAUGCAAUGCUAAUUGCAUUGGUCGGCAUGCUGCUGACGAUAUGGCUGCAGACGGCAAUGAUCAAAACAACAACAACAAAAAUGACGGCAACAACAAAAGCAGCAGUAGCUACCACUAUGGAUGUAGCAAGUGCAACUGCUGCCGACAGUGCAACGAACAUGAAAGCUGUAAGCGCAUCAACAACAGCAACAGCAUCCACAAAAACGACAGCAACAGCAACAGCAACAGUGGUAUUAAGUGCAGCAGAUUGCAAAACAAUACGAAAAGAGUUCACCACAAAUGAGCGUGCACUCAUGCACACACCACUACACAUGCACAAUGAUAUGCGUAGCAUAAGCAUAGCCUAUAAGCAGGCGUAAGAACUUAUUUUUCGAUUGCAUGCGGCGAAAAAUCAAAUUUCUGUAUUAACACUAGCAAACAAACAAAAAAAAAGCACUAACAGCACACACACACACAUACACACGUAUGCAUUCAUCACCCUAUCAGUUUUCAGUAUCAGCUUUACUUAUAAAUUUCACUGCUUAUUGGCGUAUUUGCAUGAAUGAAACUCAAAAGGGAAGUGCAAAGUUUUUGUGCUGUGUAAGUAGAAACAUAUUUUUGGUUUAUUUUUAUUUUUUAUAAUAUUCCUAAAUUAUUUUAUUAUAUGCAUUUAUUUGUAUUUAUUGUCUGAUUAUUUUAACAUUUAUUUUUUUAUUUUUUAUUUCAAUUUUUUCUGUGCCCUUUUUAUUGCUUUACUGCAUUAUUUCAAAUGUCCCUCAUUAUUUUCUUUUACUUUUAUGUCUUGUGACCACACAAUACUCAAAAAUUAACUCUCUAACAUUUACUCUCCUCUUCAGUCUCCACAUUUUUUUUUCAUUUUCACCGCUUCUUUUAUUUUGAGUUCUUAACCGCUGCUAACACGAAAUAUCGCUAAAAAAAAACGUAAAUCAUAAUAAGACACCACUCACAGCAACAACUUUCAAUGCCAAAAGACAUAUGUGCCAAUUGUUUCAAAUAACAAAAACAACAACAUAAACGAAUUAUGCUAAAGAAGAAUGUGUAAAUAGUAUACAAGUACGAGUAUAUCCAAUAUAUUAUAUUAUAUGUUUAUGUAAUAUACUAAACCUUUAAAAAAGAUACUACAUAUUAAUAAAUAUAAAUAAUAAAUAAUAAAUUAAUAUAAACAUAUAUAUAAAUAAAUAAAUAAACAAACAAACAAAAAAGCUUAAAUUUAUAAUGUAAAAAAUACAAAUUAUUAUGUAUUAAUGCACACGCAUGCGUAUAGAAAUCUUAGCUUAAGCAGCAACCGAAGCAUUACAGCAUAAAAAAUGCUUGAAAGUAGCUAACACACGCAUAUACAACAACAAAAAUGAAAGAUCAAAUUCAAGAGUUGUUAGACUUGUGUUUUCUGCUUUAUCCUGAAAAUCUUGAAAUUAAGUAGGUUAAUACAAUUUCAGUUUAAUUCCAAAGAAUUUUUUAAGAGGCACACCGCGCAAGACGGUCUACAAAAACCGUUUUUUGAAAAAUAAAAAAUACUGCAUAAAUUGUUUUAAAAUUUUAAGGGUAUACAAUAUACGUUUUUUAUUAAAAAAAAAAAAAUAUUAUUUAAAAAAAAAUUUAUUUUUUUAAGAAAAAAAUUUAUAUUUUCCGAGUACUCGAGAUCUCGAUAUCUCCGACGGCGCUAAGAAAAAUUGCCUGCACUACUACAAUAAUUCUAGCCUUCUCCGUGCAUGCAACUUAUACAAAAAUUUUCGACUAGAAGAUAUUCUUCGUACAGUGAUUUAAGAACAAAAACAAAAGUGGACAAAAUUGUAGCAAUUUUUAAAAAAAUUUUAAUUUUGCCUAACAUUUUGGUGGUUUUAGGUUAACCAAAAUUCCAUUUUUAAUCAGAUCAAAAAUUGCUAGAACAUUGUGUGAAGAACUAUAUUCAAGUAUGUACGUUUAUAUAGAACAAGCAGACAAUUUUUAUAGUUACUGUUUAUAACAUAUAUAUCUGAGUAAUCACUUAAGCAAAUUUGAAAGAUGUAUGACUGAAACGCGCGGCUUCAUUUUAAAAAGCUGUAACUCAAAAACUAUUUAAGAUAUUAUUUAAAAUUUCAGUAUGUUAUUUUUAAAAGUAUAAACUAUCAAAAUUUGAAAAAUAAUCGAUUUUUUUAUUUUCACACCAGGUUUGCCCCUUAAUAGAACUUGCGCGAUUGCUCUGCUAUUAACAGAUUAAAGAUUGUGCUCACUAUCUUCUCAAAUUAUCACUAUUUACUCUUUUAAAAUUCAGUAUUUUUUCACGUUUCUUAUAUGCUCUGUGUUAAGACGAAAUUCGUCUAUGAUUUGUCUUCGUUUCUUUACACUGGGAGCGGGAGAAAUCUAUUUAUGAAUUGUGUAUUAAGUUCAAAGUCUUACCUACAGAUUACUCUACGCCUUGGCGCGUCGAUGCUAUUGAUAGAUAUCUUUCUCAAAUCAUCUACAUGAGCAUACAAAAGCCCUAACAAGUAAAUAGCUACAUUUUGGAUGAAUUUUAAUGGAUAAGUUUCAAUUACUAUUAGAUCAUUUCAAAGAAAAUUUUAUUUUGUACUCUAGCUCAACUUUUUGCCUUCAGCUCUCUUUUUUUAAUCCAGUUGAGCCAUUCAAGUUUCUUUACAGUUUUUAGCAGAAUUUCAUCAAAAGCAAUUGCUGUGAUUUUAACCAGAAAUAUUUUUUUUUUUUUUAGUUUUCAUAAGACUGGUGAUGUUUGCAUUUUCAGUGGGUAAAUUCCCAUGAGCUAUGAAAGUGCAACUCCUCUACUACCGUAGACGUAAUUUGUCUGCUUACGAUUUCCAAAAACCAUACACAGACUUUUCUGAAAGCACCUUGCUACUGUUAAGACUAAGCUACUAAGAGUGGUCGUGGAAUCAGAGUAGGUCAAGAUUUCCGCAUGUUUCUCGGGCAAUGGAUUAUUUUUUUUUUUCAUAGUGAUGUAAGACACUCUUUCUGUUGUGGUUAGUAUCGAACUGCCGCUUCGAAUUUGUUGAAUUUAGAUAUUCACUGGGGGAAAAGUUCAUCAUAUUCUUUGUGAGAGAUUCGUUUAGUUUAUGAAUCAUAAGUUCAGUUUACUGCCGCUUAAUCAUCGAAGUUGUAGAUCCUGUUGAAAAUCCAACGCAAUUAACUUUCGGGUUCGUUCAUACAAUGGUAGUCAAGCUAAUACAAUUUCGGUUUUUUAAGGUAUAAAUUUGUUUCUGCCAACCACAACUAACCACUUCAUAUCUGAAAAGUCAUAAGUAUACCUAAUUUACUUUUCUAUUCAUAUCAACUGGGUAUUUUGAAAAUAUGUCACAGCCCUUGAGUUUUUUUCGUUUUACACUCUAAAUAUACACACAUCUGCAGCAACAACAUAAAUACAACAACUAAUAAUUCUUUCUGAAAGUACGAAGCCUUGAGCGUCGCAUACAAGUAAUUCAUGCAUGGUUGUGCGUGUGAAGUGAAUAUUUUGCUUUUUGCAUGAAGCGGUAAAAAUAAAAUAGUCAUAAAAAUCAAAAAAAACUAAUAAUAAUAAUAAAAUAGAAACUUAAAAAUAAUUAAUAAAACUAACUAAAAUAUGAUAAUAAAAAAUAGUUGACUAAAUUGUUGAAGAAUUAUAUUCAAAACUAAAAAAAAAGUUAGAAUAAUAAUAUAAAUAAUAUAAUAUAUAAGAUUAGAUAUUAUAACAUCAAAAAAAAUAAACAAAAAAUAAAAAAAUUAAAUAAAAGUUAAUACCUGGAAGCUAAAUGAAACUAAAAAAAUAUGCAUGCUUAAGAGUAAGCAAACUAAACAUGCGCAGACUCGGAUAGCAACCACUUGCAUAUACAUACAUACAUAUAUAUUGCAGAGAGUACUACUGGAUAUAUAAUUACAAAUAGCGGUUACUAAAAGUUAAACAAAAAAGAAAUAUGUUUAUUGCAAUUAGAGUAGUAAGCUAUGCUAGUAAGUACACACACACACACAUAAUUACACAAAUGUGUGCCAAUAUGAAAUAGAGACGCUUAUAAGAACAGAUCAUAUAGACGCAUACAUACAUUCAGAUGUAUAAAUAUAUAAAAUAAUUGCAUGAAUUAUUAAAAAUAAAUAAAAAGUUAUAAAAAAAUGAAAUUUGAAAUAAAAACUUUAAAAACCAAUGAAAAAUGCAUUAGUGUGUGUUAAUGGCAAUCAAACAUGCUUUAUCUGCACUGUGGAGACUGAAAGCGUGUAGCAAGAAGUAAGUCACUU